AUGUUUUCCUCGUCCGAGUGCAUUAUCUGGUUUGCUGCAUUCCUUGCCGUAACUGUUGCUAUAGUAACGGUGAAUCUCCUAUCAAUCAUUCUUUUCAUAAAAAACAGUAAUCUUCGCACUCGUGGCAUGUACUUGGUUAUAAACUUGACCGUAGUUGACAUUUUGGUUGGAGGACUUUCUACUAUAAAUCUACUCUUAAUUAUUACACAUAUUGGAUGCAAAACUGGGAUUGUAAGGUUACCUUGGGAAGGGCACAUGAUAACUUGGUUUAUUUUCUAUUGGUUUCCUCUAACCUCUCUUACAAGCAUAACUGUAAUUUCGUUAGAGCGGAUUCAUGCAACAUUUCGUCCAUUCAGGCAUCGCGUUAUUAAAAAAUGGGUCUACGGAGUAACAAUUUCUGUGGUCUGGGUUUUAGCUGGGAUGAUAUCAACUGCAAUUUUGAUGCUUAAAUUAUUCGACAAAGAAUGGUCACACAGGCAGUUUUUAUGGCAAUCAUAUUGCUUGUUAUGUCUUUCUAUUAUCUGUACUUGUUACACCUCAGUUAUUGUCAAAAUCUGUUGUGGGGCGCGUCCUCAGCACCAUGGUGCAGCCCGUAGUCAAAGAAAACUGACUGUAACGUUACUCAUCAUGACUAUUGUAUCGUUACUGCUGUGGCUACCAUAUGCUAUAGCUACCUUUGUUUUCCAUACAACUAAUAGCAUUCGAUCACUUUCUUACACAAAAGGAAUGCGAUUGAAUAUGUCUUUACUGCUUUUAUUUUAUACAAAUUCGUUUGUUAAUCCAGUAGUUUACGCUAUCAGAAUGCCCAAGUUUAGGAAGGCGUGUCUCCUGUUAUUAUUUACACGUCGACGAAGACGAACUGCUGCUGGUAUCCCUCUCAGUCAUGCCUGGUACCUUGGCAAGUGA